AUGCUGUUUGAAGAAGCUCUGCCCCUCAGGGGCUCUGAUGCCGUGCUUAGUACACUUAGCCUGGUGCAGCUCAGCACCAGUGGGAGGAGUCGGGACCUGCUUGCUCCAGGCUCAGAGACCCUGUCAGUGCUGGAUGUGUCCCCUCUGGGCUUCGUGGUAGAAAAUGCCAGUGAAGUGGAGGUGUCUGACUCAAGAGCUGCCUCAGAGCUGUACUUGCAGGCUGCAGGUGGUGAAGACAGUGCCUGCUCUCUGCUCACUGUCACCAUGUCCUGCCCACGGCCUGACCCUCCUGAGGGGCCUGGGACCCAGGGCAUGUGGCGAGGAGCCUUGCGGAUCCUGCAGCUUCCAGGAGCCCUGUGGUAAAACCCUGGAGCCAGCGCUCAGGAAGCUGGAUGCUCAAAACAGUCAAAACUGAGGCUAUGGGGCUCCCAGAACCACAGGUACGUCUUCCCAUCCAAACUCUUGGGAGGCCUAUUGAUGUCUGCCUCCUUUUUCUCUGUUUACAGAGCACUGUGAGGGGGCUCUUCCUUCCUUCAUUAA